UUAAUGGAGGAUAGUGAACUGAUGGGCGAGCACUAUGGCCGUCUUUACAGACGUUACAAACACAUGGAAGAGAAGUAUACCGAGCGCUGCAAUCAAAAUGCCGUUCUUAAUAUGCUGUUGUUGGAACUCGGUAAAACACAUGACAAAAUUGAUACACUCCGGAGUGCAGCAGUGAAAAACGAGAAGUUAUAUGAGCGAUAUGAAAAGGAGCAUUGUAUCAGUUCGGAUAACAUGAAGAACAGAAUCGAAAAGUGGAAGGACAUGCUGCAAACUGAAGCGGAUGCAAUAACGAAGUGGUGUGGUGAGAUUUAUUGCACCCCAUUUGUUCUAAGCAAGUACUGCAUGUAGGA